UUAGUCACUAAACACACAAGACUCACCAAAUGCAACCAACACCAUCAUAUUAUCGAUCUUCGCCCCUUAUUCUUCCUCCUCACAGUCUCGUUCCUGUUAGACACUCUCAGGUAUAGACAAACCAUGUCAGGCAGCGCUGUGCAACGCAAAGCAUGGAACGAAGCCAUGCGCAAUGCAGCCGGUGCUUCGGCCACAUUGCUUCCUGGUCAACAGCAGAAUCUGAAGCGUCGUUCGGAUCGUCGCAAGAAACAAGAUCGUCGCGACAAGGCCCGCAAAUCCGUUGCUGUUGCCUCCGACAAUGACGAAUUCCAAGCCGCUGUGUGGUUGGAUGCCCUGGAAGACGUGGAUCCCAAUCAACAACAAGAUGACGAUGAUGAGUACAAUGCACUGGAAGAACUGGAUGAUGAAAGCAGUAGUCCUGAAAAGGCAAAGUCCAAGAGUCGAAAACGAAAAUCGUCUUCCAGCAAUACAGCCACCUCGGCACUGCCCAAGCGAUUCAUGGCACGGACAUUAGGCUCGAUUCUCAUGGAAGAAGCCAACAGACCUGGAGAUCACAAUAGCUCGGCAAGGGCAUUUGUGGAUUCCGAAGCCUUGAUCCUCACCAAACACAAACAGUUGCCACGUCGCAAGUUUUGUUCUGUUACCGGUUUGAAAGGCAUUUUUACAGAACCCAAAUCAGGUUUGCCCUAUGCCAACAUGAAAGCAUUGGAACAAAUUAGGGAACGAGCACCACCGUGGAUGACUCUAUCAGGAAAUCCAAGCUAUUUUGAAGCCUCCAAGAGUCUGAGGGAAGAAUGAAUUGAGCUAUCUGCUAGUGGUUGCCAGAAUGGGCAAAACUGUGUGGUUGGUGGUUGCGUUGCAUGGGGAAUCACUGUGACCAACAAAGUUGGCAUAGUUUGUUUUGCUACGGUACUAUUAUGAUCUGCACUGCACUAUUAUGAUAAAAGUAAAUUAGUCUCACUCUCCACCAUGGCAC